AUGAAAAAUACCAACAGGACAACAUCAGCUUAUGAAAAUAAGGGCAUGAACGGUUCAUACAAUACCAAAACGUUGUGGGUAGGGGACUUGGAUAAAAUAAAAGAUGAAGUAGUUGAUGAAAAUUAUAUUGUAUAUUGUAUGUUUUAUGAAUUUUCAGAAGAUAUAAUAAAAAUAAAAUUAUGUAAAGAGAAAAAUUCACAAAAGAAUUCAUAUGCUUUUAUUGAAUUCUCUAAUUUCGAAAUUGCAAAAUAUUGCUUUGAUAAUUUAAAUGGAAAAUGGAUACCUGGAAAAAUUCAUAAAUUUAAAUUAAACUGGGCCAAAUAUAAUAUUACUGAUAAUAUAAAUUCUAAUGAAAAAAAUAUAGAUGUAGAGUUAGAUGAUAAGGGGACAUAUUCUAUUUAUGUUGGCAGUUUACCUAAAAGUACAACAAAAGAAGAAAUUGAAAGUUUAUUUUCCAAUUUUUAUAAUAGUAUUUGUUUUGUUAAAAUGAUUAAAAAUACACAGAAAAAUCAUAAUAAAAUAUAUUGCUUUAUACACUUUUUUAAUUAUGAAGAAUGUAUUAGGGCUCUAGCAGAAAUGGAUGGAUAUGUUUUUAAGGGGUAUAAAAUUAAAGUAAGUAAAUCACAUGGAAUUAAAGGAAAUAAUAACUCUGAGGUGAAUAAUUACGAUUAUAUAAGUAAGAAUUAUGAAGUUCAGUUUAAUAAUUUAAAAAGCAUGAACAUGAACAACUACAACAAGGACAAUUAUAACAGGGAUAAUUACAUCACUAAUAAUUAUAACGCGGAUAACUAUAACGCGGAUAACUAUAACGCGGAUAACUAUAACGCGGAUAACUAUAAUGCGGAUAACUAUAAUGCGGAUAACUAUAAUGCGGAUAACUAUAAUGCGGAUAACUAUAACGCGAAUAAUUACAACAAAGAGGGUUAUAUUCCAAGCAUUUACCACGUAAACAAUAACAAGAUGAUGAAUAAUCUAACAGAUAAAGAGGAAAAUAAUAAUUGUGACCCGAAUAAAAAUUGUUAUUUUUAUUAUAGUAAUGUAAAUAAUAAGUUAAAUAAUCCAUAUGAUAUAAAUUAUUAUGAUCACAUUAAUUCGAAUAUUACUUCAUAUCCUGGUUACACAACUAAUACAAAUAGUACGCAUUCGUAUAAUGCGAAUAAUUAUUCUAAUCCUAUUAAUCAUCUUAACUAUUACACAAGUCAAAUGAUACAAAUAAAUAAUUACACCGGAACGGAUGUUAAUCCAGUUAAUACUUAUACAGGAGAUAUUAGUCUUAUGAAUAACUACACGGGUGAUACUGCUCAUAUGAACAAUUACACCAAUGAAAUGAAUUAUGUAAAUAACUACAACAUAUGUUCUUCUAAUAAUGUCAAGCAGCUCCCUAUUAAUUAUAAAAUGAAUAGCGGAAAUUAUGUUAGUGACAUAAUUAAUGAUAAUUCAGGAAAUAAUGGGAAAAAUAUUUUACUUGAUGAUAAAAAAAAAACAGAUAAUAUAAAUAUUUCUGAUGUGAGUACAGAAGAGAAAAUAAAUAGUACGAAACAAGAUGAAAUAAAUGAAAAAGAUGUAAAUACAUCUAAUGACUCGUGCGAAUUACAUUUUUAUAAUCUUCAAUCAUCAAACAAUGAAUAUAACAAUUAUAGUUCACUUCAAAGGAAAAAUAGUGACAUCCAAGAAAUUAAUUAUAGUGAUAAUAUUAGGAUAUGUGCUAAAAAUUAUAAUAAAAAUGAUCCUAAUAAUAAUUAUUAUUAUUACGAUGCUGAUACAAAUAAAAAUGAUAAUAAGGAUAAAAAUAAUAUUAGAAAUCAUAGCAACACGAAUAAUAGUACGAAUAAUGAUAGUAUUGACAAUAACGACACCAUUGAUAACGAUCAGAGCGUUCAUAAUAAUGACACAAUUGACAACGAUCAUAGCAUUAGUAACAGUGGUAGUGUAGAUGGUCACAGCAAUAAUAACAGUAAUGUUAACAGUGAUAGUAGUAAUGGAAAUAGAACUGACAGUAGUAAGAGUAAUGCCAACAACAGUAAUGGUAACGGGAACAGUAACAAUAACAUGGAUAGUAACAGUAAUGGUAAUAAAGUCUGA